GUCAUUCAUGAGUAAAUUCAAUUUAAGUAUUUAAAAUAAUUAAUAAUUAAAUCACUACUUUCUUAAAAGUACUAAUUGCUAAACAAAAACGCGUUUUAAUGAUGUAAGGGAUAUAUUAAAAAUCUAGUGAGCCUUUCAAGUUACUGUUGUUUCAAAGUUUUUAAAUAGGCUCUACAGGAUUCCCAUAUUUUAAAGGAAUCUCACCGGGAAAGUUUAAGAACCCUGACAUAAUAUAACUAUGGCUAAUAAUAGUGAUAGUGUCAUAGACUUAACAAGCUCCUUCACUUUAGCUAACCAUUGUCAUUUGGACAAUGCGAUUAUCAAUUUAGACACGGAUGAUUCUCUCCGUGAAGAGAAUGUCGGCACUGUUGGCAGAGCACGCAGCAGACGCAAGAGGCGCUAUUCCAGAACAAGGGCAACACAACAAGCAGACACACCUAUUCUGGAUCUAUGUACGCCUGAGGCCAAGAACAAAAAAUCGACUAAAUCCAAGAUUGAAUCCGGAAAAGUAGCCAUUCUAGAUGAAACUCCAGCGAAACGACCAAAACAGUCCCUGGCUACCUGUCCUAUAUGCUUUGAAGAGUUCUGCGGUCAAGCUCUUGCUUCAACUAACUGUGGACAUGUAUUUUGUUUAGCAUGUCUUGCCACUGCCCUCAAAGCUAAGCCGCAAUGCCCAACAUGUCGUACCCUAUUGAGAGGGAAAUUUAAAUACCAUCCUCUUUUCUUAUAAAUUAUUUUUAAAGCUUAAACUAAGUAAAUAUUAGAAAAUUAAUAGUAGGUGAUAAACAGAGGUUGGCGUGGGUGAGCUAUUUAUAGUUGGUCAAACCAAAUUGUCAGUAAAUAAGAACAAAAAAAACUUUACUCGCCUUUUCUUUUGGGUGCUUUAUUAUUGUUUGAAAUGAGACAGUCCUUUGACAAACUAUACCUUAUAUUUUGACAUGCAUUACAUCAUAUUAUAAGGCAUAUAGCUCACCCCCCCAUCAUCAUGUAUAGUUUGCUGUGAGACUAAUAUGAAAAAGGGGCCUCCUAAUCUAUUACAUCAAGGCUGGUCCUUAGAAAAUGUCAGAAAGUCUGCCUCUAAUCUUGAAGUUGACAGGCUAGAAUUGUUUAAACAUUUCCUUGCUUUCUUAAAAAAAAAAGAAAAAAAUAUUAUACUCAAAUAUGUGUUUAAUGAAAUAAAAUUGUAUUGUGCUUCAGCUAAUUUGUAAAUGUUAACAUAUUUGUGUUGUAAUGUCAAGUAGCUAUAUAUAUAACUGGAAAAUUAAUUUUCUGCACGACUGGACAAAUCUGAUGGGGGAUGUGCACCAAACAAAUUUGCUGAAGUAAAUUAGUCUUGAAAUUAUAAUACCUAAAGAUAAAGAGGAAUGAUACCCUAUGUCCUUUGUAUCUUAUAAUAUAAGUUUGUGAACAAAGAAUUCAUAAAUAUGUAAAUAAAUAUGUAAUAAGGAAUUGAUAAUAAUAAUAAUAUAAUUAAAUUUGCUGUUACUAACCGUAGUAUAAGAUUACCCAUAAGCAUUACUAACACGAAUUGAUCCCAGUUGGUUGUUGAAUAAAGAAUUUAUUAUUAGGGAAUUAUUCAUAUUCUUUAAAUAUUAGAAAAGUGUAAUGUCUAUUGUACCUACAGUAAGAAACAGAAGUAGCCACUAAUACAGCAACUGUACAACCUACUGAUUUUGACCAUUUUGUAAACAUUUCAUUUAUAAAAUAUGAUUGGUAGGUACCUAUACUAUACUAUUGAUUGACCUAUUUGUUAAAAAGGAUACAGUCUCAGGCAGGGCAGCUGUAAAAGGAUACAAGUCUUGGGCAGCGCAGUUGUAAAAGGAUACAAGUCUCGGGCAGCGCAGUUGUAAAAGGAUACAAGUCUCGGGCAGCGCAAUUGUAAAAGAGCGUAAGUUCCACUUAACACUUAUGCCCUUUUAUACGCGAGACUUGCACCCGUUUUCACUAGGGCUAGGGCCACAGAAAUAUCAUUAAAAUGUGUAAAAUAUCUCAUACCAACACAUAGGACUAUUUUAUUUUAUAAUAAGUAAAUUAACUUGUAAAAGAGCAUAUUAACUUUAUAAACACAUCUGUGAUACCCUGAUCCUGAUACCUUAUUUAUUUAAAUUUAAAAUAUGUUCAAACUGUGUUAUUGUACUGAUUGUGAAAGUUUAUAUGUAUGUUCAAAAUCCAUAAGCAUAAUGCAGUCAGCGAAUCUUUUAUUUCUUUGCUGACUUUAAGACCUAGAAAUAUUUUUUCCAGUGUCUACUUUAAUAUUCAAAAUCAAUCGAUUAA